AUGCAGGUGGCAGAGGGCUGUUCUUUUUCUUUUCCCCAGUGUGGUGCUGAUUCUCUGGGUUGCGACCGUUUGGGUUGUUUUAACCUCAGUAUAAGAGGGCAUGGGGAAUGCGUGGAGUAUGUGAAGAGCUUCAACAUCCCCUUACUGGUACUGGGAGGAGGCGGUUACACAGUCCGCAAUGUGGCACGGUGCUGGACUUAUGAAACAUCGUUGCUUGUAGAUGAAGCAAUUAGUGAAGAGCUCCCGUACAGUGAGUACUUCGAAUACUUCGCUCCAGACUUCACCCUUCACCCUGAUGUCAGUACGAGGAUUGAAAAUCAGAACUCGAGGCAGUACUUGGAUCAGAUCAGGCAGACGAUAUUUGAGAAUCUGAAGAUGUUGAACCAUGCUCCCAGCGUGCAGAUCCACGAUGUCCCUUCUGACUUGCUCAGCUACGAUCGCACAGAUGAGCCUGAUCCAGAGGAAAGAGGCUCUGAGGAAAACUACAGCAGGCCUGAAGCUGCCAACGAGUUUUAUGAUGGUGACCAUGAUAACGACAAAGAGAGCGAUGUCGAGAUCUGAGGGCUCUGGUGUGGGACUCUGGACUGCGGGGGGGACCCACGUUGAUGCUUGGUGCAGUUAACUGGGCUGCACAGGUGCCAGCGAGCCCUCCCUUUGUAUUUGGUUGCAAGCGGUGGCAGCAGAAACAGCACCACUGCAGACUUCUGCUGUCUGCAAGGCAGAGAGCAGUGAAAUGUGUUCCUUACUUUCCACCACACGUCACGGUUCCAACUGUCACCGCUCGGGGAAAUGGAAACUCAAGUAGUGCUCAGAUCUGUGCUGUGUGCCGGCUGGCAGCCAUGCAGCUGCUGAGCCCGACCUGCACCGGCCCAGUCAGCUCCUGUAACUCCGUGUGGGCUUCUGCCAGAAGGUGGGAGCUGGAGCUUGUGCCUCAACCUCUGCCUCUCGUCAGCAACACACCUGCCGCAUCCCAGUCUCCCCAGCCCUCUGCUCAGGUACCCAGUCAGUUGUCCUCUGAAGCCUACGCUGAGGCUUGCUUCCCGAUCCCCUUUCUGACCAUCUGAUGCUCCACAGCUCAAGGAAAACCGUUCAAGAAGACAAGGCCAGUUCUGGGGUAGGGGUCAGGAGCGUGACUGGAGCAGGGAGCAGCUUGCUGGAGCAAGGUGGAAGAAUGUAUGCAGAGCGUAGUCUUGUUUGUUUCCCCCUGUACUCAGUUUUGCGUUCACAAAUGAGUACUGCAACACUUUGCCAAGCUGGACCUAACCCCCACAUUUUCCUCAUUCUGUGAGAGGCUAAAAUCACUGCGGAACAGCAGUUUGGUUGCCAAGGUCAGUACAUGGUGCGUCUUGCAUCUCCAACGCAGCUUCCAGCUGUUUUCCAAAUUCACGUGUGGCCCUUCUGUGUGUUUGCAAGAGAUGUGGAACCCAAGCCACUCCCUUGUGGCUGCCCAGGAGAUGUCACUCUGCUCAUGGGUGAGGGAAGCUGCCUACUGCAGGUCCUGUCGUCUUGCCUUCACACAGCAGAGGUUUCCUAAAUCCCAGACUGCUGCUGCUCCUUCUCCCGUGUUGUCACCUGGUCCUGUCGUGGUUUGGAGGGUGCUGUUUGGGGAGAGGGGACGGGUUUAGCCUCUUAUUGUGCAUACUGUUGUUUGUUUACUGAUGUCUUUAAACAUUAAAUGAAGAGGCAGUAUUUUUCUUA